AUGGAUCCGUGGAAAUUGAUAAAUCUGACAUAUGCACGAUCAACUGGUCUUGUGACUAAAGUUCAGUCUCGUGCACAAGAGAAAAAAAAAAGUAUUUCUACGGAAGAUGUUUCGCAAUCUCCAGUAAAUUCUAACGAUUCUCCAAAACAGAUAGUGCAACAAUGUGAUGAUACCUCGGUAUCUGAUAUAACCGAUAAUACUUUAAAUUCUAACGAUAUCCAUGAGAAGUCUAACACAUCUAGCCAUGAAGUAUUUGCCUCCGACAAUUCUGAUAUAUACCAGGAUUCAGUGAUCCCCAUAUCUCCCGCAGAAACCAUAUUAAUGUCAUUAAAUGAGAAGGAAAAAAAUGAAUUCCUGGAUAAAAAGCAUAGAGAAACGAUUAGUAAAGAGACAAUUCAAAAGAUUAAAGAGAAGAAACUUCGAGAUCAAGAGACAAUCAUAACUUCCCAGAAUACCGUUCCUAUUAUCUCCCGUGAACAAGGAUUUAUCCAAGAAAUAUCUCCAUCUAUCCAAGACUAUAAUUUUAUAUUUUCGAAUCAUGUGACUGAAAUUUCGCUGACCCAAAAUUCGAAUCAGGUCAGCAAAAAUCAUGUAAGUGAUAUAACUAUACUUUCUGUAUCAAGUAAAACUUUACUAAAUUUGGCCAUCUUAUAUCGGAAAGCUUGUGAUGCAGAAAAACAAGCAAUAAAGGCCAAUCAAGAUGAAAUUUUAUGCUGGUACCAUUACGUUAUUGAGUUUGAUAAUCAAGUUAAAGACAUUAUGAAAAAUGAGCAAGUUGAAUAUACUGACGAACAGGACAAUUCUUCAGAUGAUCAAGAUUUGGACUUACGAGAAGCUUCGGUAAAUGCAUCAACUGGAACCGAGAAUUUCUUGCUUCACAGACAAUAG